GUUGGAUUUAUUUUGCUUCGAGACUUAGAGUGAUAUAGACGUCUCUCGAUACGGAGCUGUUGCUUGUGCAUCCGUUUUGUCGAGUGCGUGUCAAAAAAGUUAUGUCAAAAGUAAACUAAAAAUUAAAAAAAAAAGUUUGACAUUACAUACGAAUAAAACAAUUAAAACAUUUAAAAGUGAUACAAGAAUUUUACACAUAAAACGAGGAGUCACGAAAUUUCAAGGAUGAAUUCUCAUCUUGUAAAAUCGUACAUAGUAAUUUUAAUAAGCAUUCAUCUAGUCGUCACAUCAUUAGCAUUAGAAGAUACAAUCUCAUCAGAUUUGAGGGUACGAGCUCGUUCAGCAUUACUCCUAGAAAGAUUAGGUUCCAAAUCAAAUGAAUGUGAUGUAGAAGUAAAUGAGAAGCCAUGUCCUCCAAGUAAAUUUCGUACACCAACUGGUCAAUGUAAUAAUGUUAAUCAUCAUGGUUGGGGUGAACGUGGUGAUAUUUUCAUGAGAACAAUAGAGCCAGAUUAUGCUGACGGCAAGAGUGUACCACGAACAUCAAUUGGAUCGCAUGCCCUUCCAUCACCCGAUGCGAUUAUACAACAUCUACAAAAAUCUAUCAACAAAGAUUCACAACAUCCGCAUAUUACAGCAAUGCUGCCAGCUUGGGGUCAACUUUUAGCUUAUGAUCUCUUCCAAUUUAUUUCACCACAAUCGACGCACUGCUGCGAUAGUAAAUCAAACUUGAAUGAUGAUUUAGCUCAAUGUUAUGUGCGUUCAGGCGAAGAUUGUAAAGAGUAUACUCGUUCCAUUCCAUCACGUGAUUCACAGUCAUGUAACUUUAAGUAUCGUCAACAAAUGAAUGGUGUAUCUGGUUUUAUUGAUGGUUCUGGUCUAUAUGGAGCUACAGAAGAAGAAUUUGUAGCCAUUCGGACCUUCUUUGGUGGCAAAGUUGACAUUAAUGAAUGUGCAAGAUGCAAUGAAGCCGGAGCUAUUGGUGCUCUUCAUCUCAUUCUUCUUAAAGAACACAAUCGCAUUGCUGAAGAAUUAGCACAAUUAAAUCCUGACUGGAGUGAUUCAACUUUAUUCUUAGAAGCUCGUCGUGUCCUUAUUGCUCAAAUUCAACAUAUUACAUACAAUGAAUUCCUUCCAAUUCUUCUUGGUCAGCAAACCGUAACAAAAGAUGAAUUAAGAUUGGUAUCAAACAAACACUAUUCAGGUUAUUCAAGUGCAAAUCGUGCUGGAAUAUUUAAUGAAGCCGCGACCAGUGCUUUCCCUGCAUUUUACAGUUUAUUACCAGCUGACAUGAUGAAUUCCACGGCAUCCGCAGACAUUUUAAUCAAUAGACCUGCAUUACAACAAAACUUCAUUCCACUUCAUGAGACAUUUGAUGAUGAAUUUACACCACUUGCAUUAGCCAUUCAACGAGGACGCGAUCAUGGUAUUCCAGCUUAUCAUAAGGCUAUCAAUAUUUGCGAAUCUCGUUUGGGACUAAGUGGUGAUUUAAGCUAUGAUGAUAUUGAGUCUGUUGGAAUUUCUGAAGAAAGGCGAGAAGUUCUGGAAAAAAUUUACUCAAAUCCAAGCGAUAUCGAUUUAAUCAUCGGUGCCCUCUCAGAAGCUCCAUCACUCGGUGCAGUAUUUGGUCCUACUCUUACAUGCCUUUUUGCUAUUCAAUUCUCAAAUUUGAGAGUAAGCGAUCGUUUCUGGUAUGAAAAUGACUUGCCACCAUCAUCAUUAAACAUCGAUCAACUUCAAGCUAUUCGUCGUAUUUCUCUAUCCGGUCUUUUGUGUGCCGCAGAUGGAGUCAAAGCCUCACAACCAAAAGCAUUUCUACGUGAAGAUCCAUAUUUAAAUGCACAGCUUUCAUGUGAUCAUUUAUCUGGAUUAGAUUUGAGUGCGUGGAAAUCGGAGGAAGUUGAAGUUGUUAUUGAAACUUUUGAUACAACAAUCAGCACUCACAUUCCUGAAUUGGCAGAUUUAAGUUCGGAACUCAUUAAUGAUGCUUUUGGUAAAGCAAAGAUUGAAAUGAUGAAUCGAAACCGCUUUGAAUACGAAUCAUGGUUAGCUCAAGGUGGAAUUGAUGCUCGCUCACCUGAUGGAACUGCAGCUUCUUUCAGUAAAGCAAAUAAGAAUGCACUUCUUAUUGCAAAUUCAUCUCAUUUCUACGAAAUUGCUACUAAUGAACUGCUUGGAACUUUACACAAUAUUCGUAGGCGAAAAAGACAAGUAUUUGAUAACAAUUUAAGCAAUGGUCAAGAUGACUUUAUUAACAGUAUUUCCAAUAUUGAUGUUAACUCAUUCUCGACUGGAACAAUCUCACCAGUUACACUUGAGCCACAAUGUGAAGAUCUUACAGCUCCUUGUGAUACAAAGACACCAUUCAGAACAUUAACUGGUUAUUGUAAUAAUUUAAGGAAUCCAACUCUUGGUCAAUCAUUAACUGUUUUCGCUCGUUUACUUCCAUCACAAUACGAUGAUGGAGUUUCGAAGCCUCGUUCAAUUUCCACAAAUGGAUCACCACUCCCAAAUCCACGUGUCGUUUCAACACUUAUUCAUCCUGAUAUUUCCAAUUUACACACGCGUUAUUCUUUGAUGGUCAUGCAGUUUGCACAGUUCUUAGACCACGAUUUGACAAUGACUCCAAUUCAUAAAGGUUUCCAUGAAUCAAUUCCAAGCUGUCGCUCAUGUAAUUCACCAAGAACCGUUCAUCCAGAAUGUAGUCCAUUCCCCGUUCCACCAAGAGAUCAUUUCUAUCCAGAAGUAAAUGUUACAAGUGGAGAACGAUUAUGUUUCCCAUCUAUGAGAUCAUUGCCAGGACAGCAAUCAUUAGGUCCUCGAGAACAAAUUAAUCAAAAUACAGCUUUUCUUGAUGCCUCCCAAGUUUAUGGUGAAAAUGGAUGUGUUGCACGGCAAUUGAGAGGAUCUUCAGGUCGUUUGAAUACUACUAUUCAUCCAACACGUGGUAAGGAAUUACUUCCGUUGUCACCAUCACAUCCUGAAUGUAAAUCAGCCAGUGGAUAUUGCUUCAUUGCUGGUGAUGGAAGAGCUUCAGAACAGCCUGGUUUGACUGCAAUUCACACAGUUUUCGUACGUGAACAUAACAGAAUUGUGGAAGGUUUACGUGGAGUCAAUCCUCAUUGGACCGGAGAUCAGUUAUUCCAACAUGCAAGACGUAUAGUUUCAGCACAAAAUCAACACAUUACAUAUAACGAAUUCCUUCCACGUAUCCUCAGUUGGAACGCAGUUAAUCUCUAUGGAUUGAAAUUGUUGCCUCAAGGAUAUUAUAAAGAAUACAAUCCAAACUGUAAUCCAGCUAUUGUAACUGAAUUCGCCUCAGCAGCUUAUCGUAUUGGACACUCACUUUUGAGACCACACAUUCCACGUUUGAGUGUUAACCAUCAACCAAUUGAUCCACCAAUUUUAUUACGUAAUGGAUUCUUCAAAACUGAUCAAUUGUUACAGCCACAAAUAUUGGAUGAAAUUUUACGUGGUUUAGUCGCCACACCAAUGGAGACACUUGAUCAAUUCAUAACUGGUGAAGUUACAAACCAUUUAUUCGAAGAUGUUAAGAUUCCAUUCUCAGGCAUUGAUCUCGUUGCACUUAAUGUUCAUCGCGGUCGCGAUCAUGGUAUUCCAUCAUAUAAUCACUAUCGAGCAUUAUGUAAUUUGAAACGAGCACAAACGUGGGAUGACUUAUCGCGUGAAAUUCCAACAGAGGUUAUUAACCGUUUGAAGAGAAUCUAUCCAUCUCCUGAUGAUAUUGACUUAUUCCCAGGUGGAAUGUCAGAACGACCAUUACAAGGUGGUUUGGUAGGUCCAACAUUUGCCUGUAUUAUAGCUAUUCAAUUUAGGCAGUUGAGAAAAUGUGAUCGUUUUUGGUAUGAAAAUGCAGACCCAGCAAUUCGUUUUACUGAAGCACAAUUGACAGAAUUGAGAAAGACAACACUUUCGAAAGUUGUUUGCGAGAACUUAGACUUGCCUGGAGAUAUGCAAAGAGCUGCAUUUGACUUGCCAAGCAAUUUCUUGAACCCAAGAGUUUCAUGCCACUCAAUGCCACAAAUCGAUCUGAAUGCAUGGCGCGAGAAUGUUGUUUCAGGAUGUACAAUUGGAGGAAAACAAGUAGGUGUUGGUCAAUCAUCAUUCCCAACACCUUGUACUAGCUGUAUUUGUACAAACGAAGGGCCACAAUGUGCAUCAUUAAGAAUAACAGACUGCGCACAAUUGGCUCGUGAAUGGCCACGAGAUGUUAUUUUAAGAGAUGAUGUUUGUUCCGCACAAUGCGGCUCAAACCUUCAAAGUACAAAUAUAAGAGAUUCAGCAGAUUUACGUCCACCACCAGCACAAAGAGUUCCACGCUCAAGACAACAGACUCAAUCAUUCCAGGGUUUUAAAUUUCCUGAUUUAUCGCGUUUCAUCAGUAAAUAAGGCGGAUGAAGAUAAUAUUAAUUAAUUUAAAGAAAAAUUGAGAAAGAAAUGAAAAGAGAUACAAAAAAAUUGUACAUAAAUGCGUUAAAACCUUUUGAUAAGUGGCCAUAAUACAAUUUUUAUACCUUUUAUACUUUUUUUACAUAAAAAAGCUACAAAUUAUUAACAAAGCUAAUUCAGUAAAAUCUUUCGAGUCAUAAAGUAUUUUUUAAUGAUAAUUAUUCUAUGUAUGAGAUAUGAGAAAGUGUGUAUUAUUACAUAAAGCAAAUCUUUUGAACGCAAAAAUGUGCGAUGAACAAGCAGCAUGCUUUUAUGCUUCUAGUAAAGAAGCUUUGUAAAUUGUUAUGCUUAAAAUGUUUAUUUGAUUAAUGAGUUAUAGUAAUUUAUGGUGAUACAACACGAAAAAAAAGCAUUUUUUAUUUUAAUAAGCGGGAAACUCUUUUAUAUUCUCGACUAAUUACGUUAUUACAUUUUUCCUUCCUUUAAACAACUUUUUUUUUGUUUAUUAAUUUAAUUAUGUAUAUAAUUAUAAGAUUGUCUACCAUCAUACCUAAACUUUAUCCAACAAACUAUAAACUGAUUGUAAUUCAUUACUUUUUUUUUGGAAUGAAUUCAAAGGCAUUUUUAUGCUGUAACUAAAGAAUAAAGUCAUUUAAAUUUUCUAAAUAAAGUAUAGACUAUUUAUUUGCUUACCUUAUGUAAAUUGUGUAUAGUUUUAGUUUUUGUCUUGCAUUCAAGGACGCUGCGGUACACUUUUAUUUGUGUCCUUUAAGAUUGUAUUUAUACAAGAUUCAGCCCUCUUUCUGAUUUUGUUGUUUUUCUUCGUCUUCUUCAUCUAUAUAAGCUGUUUGUAAUACUGAUGUCAUCCUAGGUGUUGAAUGCCUUUGAAUAACCUUCCAUUGACUCCAAAAUCGUCAAUCUGAAUUUGAAGCUUUAUCUUUCAAUCUAUGAUGCUGCUUAAAUUGUAAUGUUCAGCACUAUUAAUGCUGUUUUUGCCAAUUUUCAGUGCCUUUUCAAUCUGAAUUAGUAAGAGAUUAGUCAUUGAAUUUAAACUCUUU